AAAAUCGGAUGCAGCUCACUUCCUUCUUGUAUCGCUGCAAACAGAAUGAGCCGCCGUACUGCCCCUUCGUCUGGCCCCAGCCGCCAAUCCCGCGGCGGAGUCGGUCGCAACGCUCGCGCUGAAGACGACGUUGUUGUCAACCCCGAGGACAUUGUUGAGGAGAUUGACGAUCUCGACCUGAACGACGCCCCGAACGAGGAAGAGAUGAGCGACGACGAUGAUGCCCCCGAAGACGAUGGCGAUGAACCCUACACAGAUGAGCAGCAGCAGUGGGAAGACGCUUCCGCGAUUGGCGAAGGCGAUACCGUUGAAGAGUGGAUUGAUGACUCUGCUGGCGGGUUUACCGAGCAUUCUGAGCCCAUUUACAGCGUUGCCAUCAAUCCUGCCAAUCCUACUAUGAUUGGCACCGGUGGUGGCGAUGAUGUUGCCUAUCUGUGGUCCCGAUCGGACGGCUCUGUGAUUCACAAAUUCGUUGGACACACCGACUCGGUGGCCAGCGUUGGAUUCAACUUUGAUGGCACCUACUUUGCCACCGGUGGUCUUGAUGGCUCUGUCAAAGUGUGGAAUACGGUCACUGGUGCGCUGGUUGUGGAGCUCGAUGGCCCUGAUGAAGUUGAGUGGCUCUCGUGGCAUCCCAAGGGUAACGUGCUUUUGUGCGGCUCGGGUAGCGGAACGUCGUUCAUGUGGCAAAUUCCGAGCGGAAAUGUCAUGCACAUCUUUUCGGGCCACAAUAGUCGCGUCACAGCUGGUGGCUUUACUUCGGACGGCAAAAGCAUUGUAACGGCGUCCGAGGACAUGUCUCUGAUUGCAUGGGAUCCGAAGACUGCUGAGCAGGUCUCCAAGAUUUCUGCAGCGAGCGAUGGUCGCUUCCAUCAAGAAGCAAUCACUUCCCUUGCUCUCAGUCACGACAAUGUUCUUGUUAUUACCGGCGGAGCCGACAACAAGGCGAUUAUUACCCAUAGCAAGACUGGCAAGAUUAUUGCCAGUUUCGAGGGACACACUGACUCGGUUGAAAGUGUCGCAUUCUGCUCAACCAUGCCUUGGGCUGCAUCCGGUUCCCUCGAUGGAACUGCUUGCAUUUGGGACAUGUCGGCCAAUCGAGUUCGGCACACCUUGAAGCAUGAUGCCGGUGUGAUUCGCGUUCAAUUCCACCCCACUCUGCCAUUGCUGAUUACUGCUUCGCUCGACCAUCUCGUCCGCGUGUGGGAUGCUCGCACGGGGAGCUUGUUGCAAGAUUUACAUGGUCAUUUGGCGGAACCGCUCGAUAUCUGUGUUUCUAACGACGGCUCGUUCCUCAUUUCUGGCGGUGAAGAUCAUCACGCGCUCAUUUUCCACAUUCAAAGUCAAGCCCAGUCUCAGCAGCCGCAGCAAGCUUGAAAGUUGCUUGAUUUUGUCACAUCUCAAUGAAUCAUUGAACCUUGGUCGCAUUCUAGUUUUUUUUUUUUUUUU